UGAUGAUUAGAUUAUGAGUACCUAAGGUAAUCUUGUUAUGAUGCAAUGGUUUCGACACCUUACCUUAGGCACCUAAGAUAAUCAGUACCUAUUCACCUCAAAUGACUUUCCACUCGUACACGUAGCUCUGAUCAUUAUAGCCUCAUAUCGCUAUAGGAGAGCAGCUAAUGCAUCCCUACGGGAACUUGAUCUUUGCAUAAUCUUAUCAAUCUAAUCAGAUUCGGAUCAAAAUCGCAAAGGCGCGAACUCAACAUCGCCAUACCCGACCACUUCAAGUCCACAAGGUUGCUACAUAAGGAGUUACCACGAUGGGGAGUAGUUCGAAUCUCGACGUUAUGCUGGCGGGCGGCGGGGCAGCUUUCGUCGUGGAUUUGAUUAUCUACCCGUUGGAUACCUUGAAAACCCGCCAGCAAAGUCGAGAUUUCGUCAAGACAUUUGCCAACCCGUCUACCAAGACUAAACUACCUUCGCGGCAGCUUUUCAAGGGCUUAUAUCAGGGUAUCGGGAUAGUCAUAGUUGCCACUUUACCUGCCGCAGGGACUUUCUUUACUACCUAUGAAGCGGCCAAGUCGUUCAUUAGCCGUCACGGGUCCCCCUUAGGUCUCCCGCAACCCUUUGUGCAUUCAGGCGCAUCGGCCAUAGCGGAGUGUGCGUCGUGCUUGGUCCUUACUCCUUCCGAGGUCAUCAAGCAAAAUGCUCAGAUGCUGCAGCAAAAAUCCGGCAGCUCCCGCAGGUCCGCUUCCCUUCAAGCCUUAAAGCAGCUAACCGUAAGCGGUACGGGCGUGGGACGCAAGCUAUUAUCGGGAUACACGGCUCUAGUAGCCCGAAACCUACCUUUUACGGCUAUCCAGUUUCCCAUUUUCGAAUAUCUGCGUGCUAGGAUCUGGGGCCAACGAUCUCGUGCUGGCCAAUCUAACGCGGGGUUCGGCGCGGGAGAGAAGCAGACUUUACUUGAGACGGGCGUCAUCACGGGGACAAGUGCCGGGUUGGCGGGUAGCUUAGCUGCUAUUGUCACGACUCCUAUGGAUGUGGUGAAGACGCGGAUGAUGCUUGCGGCCGGGAGUAGCCAGGAUGUAGACCAAGGUGUUCAUGACCGGACGCAUACGUCGCAAGGCGCAACCAGAUACAAGGUACGGGGCGGACUCGCCGUAGCACGCGAAGUUGUUUCGGAGACGGGUAUCUCGGGGCUGUUCAGGGGUUCGGCUCUUCGCGCCGUAUGGACUCUUGUCGGUAGCGGGCUUUACUUAGGCACGUACGAAGUAGCAAAAGUUUGGCUCUCGAGAAGAAAAGGGCAAAGUAGCGAAGAUAAUACCUUUAUUUAAUGAGUAUCGACCCGCGUCUCUAGCCGCAUUUAUAGACCCUAUUCCUUGCGGUCAAUUCCAAAAUCUAUCCCUCGUACCCUAUCCCCUAUCCUGUGCUAUCCUAUUCUAAAAUCAUAAAAUCCCCAAGUUGUUAAAAUUGGUAAGAAACUGAUAACGAAAAUG